GGACUUGGCUAGUGGGGUUUGGGGGGGCGUGGGUGCAAGGAGCCUGGUUUGUGCCUGCUUGCCGGCCGGCUAGCGAGCAGACGGCCCACGAGGUGGGGGAGGUGGCCUGCUCGGUGGCCCCGGGCCUCGUGGCCCAGUGGCAGUGGAGCCAUGGUUUCCAAACUGAGCCAGCUGCAGACGGAGCUCCUGGCGGCCCUGCUGGAGUCGGGACUGAGCAAAGAGGCACUGAUCCAGGCGCUGGGCGAGCCGGGGCCCUACCUGCUGGCUGGAGAUGGCUCACUGGACAAGGGGGAGUCCUGCGGCAGUCGAGGGGAGCUGGCCGAGCUGCCCAAUGGGCUGGGGGAGACGAGGGCCUCCGAAGACGAGACGGACGACGAUGGGGAAGACUUCACGCCGCCCAUCCUCAAGGAACUGGAGAACCUCAGCCCCGAGGAGGCGGCCCACCAGAAAGCCGUGGUGGAGAGCCUGCUGCAGGAGGACCCGUGGCGUGUGGCGAAGAUGGUCAAGUCCUACCUGCAGCAGCACAACAUCCCACAGCGAGAGGUGGUCGACACGACCGGCCUCAACCAGUCACACCUGUCCCAGCACCUCAACAAGGGCACCCCCAUGAAGACGCAGAAGCGCGCCGCCCUGUACACCUGGUAUGUCCGCAAGCAGCGAGAGGUGGCCCAGCAGUUCACCCAUGCCGGGCAGGGUGGGCUGAUGGAGGAGCCCAUGGGAGAUGAGCUGCCGACCAAGAAGGGACGGAGGAACCGUUUCAAAUGGGGCCCGGCCUCCCAGCAGAUCCUGUUCCAGGCCUAUGAGAGGCAGAAGAACCCCAGCAAGGAGGAGCGAGAGGCACUGGUGGAGGAGUGCAAUAGGGCUGAGUGCAUCCAGAGAGGGGUGUCACCAUCGCAGGCUCAGGGGCUGGGCUCCAACCUCGUCACAGAGGUGCGUGUCUACAACUGGUUUGCCAAUCGGCGGAAGGAAGAAGCCUUUCGGCACAAGCUGGCCAUGGACACUUACAGCGGCCCGCCUUCAGGGCCAGGCCCGGGCCCCGCGCUGCCUGCCCACAGCUCCCCGGGCCUGCCCCCAUCGGCCCUCUCCCCCGGUAAGGCCCACGGUGUGCGCUAUGGACAGCCUGCCACCAGUGAGGGGGCAGAAGUGCCCUCCAGCAGUGGCGGGUCCUUGGUGACCGUAUCGACACCCUUGCACCAAGUGUCCCCCACAGGCCUGGAGCCCAGUCACAGCCUGCUGAGCACUGAAGCCAAGCUGGUCUCAGCAACAGGGGGUCCCCUGCCUCCCGUCAGCACCCUGACAGCACUGCACAGCUUGGAGCAGACGUCCCCAGGCCUCAAUCAGCAGCCCCAGAACCUCAUCAUGGCCUCCCUUCCUGGGGUCAUGGCCAUUGGGCCUGGGGAGCCCGCCUCCCUGGGUUCUACAUUCACCAACACAGGCACCUCCACCCUGGUCAUUGGCCUGGCCUCCACGCAGGCACAGAGCGUGCCGGUCAUCAACAGCAUGGGCAGCAGCCUGACCACCCUGCAGCCUGUCCAGUUCUCACAGCCGCUGCACCCGUCCUACCAGCAGCCACUCAUGUCUCCUGUGCAGAGCCACAUGGCCCAGAACCCCUUCAUGGCCACCAUGGCCCAGCUGCAGAGCCCCCACGCCCUUUACAGCCACAAGCCAGAGGUGGCCCAGUACACCCACACGGGCCUGCUGCCCCAGACCAUGCUCAUCACCGACACCGGCAACCUCAGUGCCCUGGCCAGCCUCACACCCACCAAGCAGGUCUUCGCCUCAGACACCGAGGCCUCCAGUGAGUCUGGGCUUCACACGCCAGCAUCUCAGGCCACCACCAUCCACAUCCCCAGCCAGGACUCUGCUGGCAUCCAGCAGCUGCAGCCUUCCCACAGACUCAGCGCCAGCCCCACAGUGUCCUCCAGCAGCCUAGUGUUGUACCAGAGCUCCGAACCCAAUGGCCACAGCCACCUGCUGCCGUCCAACCACAGCGUCAUCGAGACCUUCAUCUCCACGCAGAUGGCCUCUUCUUCCCAGUAACCACAGCAACCGCCUCCCAGGGCCUGGCACUUGGAGUGUGUACGGCCUGCUGGGGUUGGGGGUGGGGUGGCCAGAACAUCUGAGCCGGCACAACUUUUGCUCCCACGGAGCUGCUGCCCUUCCCUGGAAAACCGUGCCUGGGUCCCCACGCAUCCCUGCCGAUGUCACAGAGGGAGGGUCCUGAGGUGCCCCAAUCCGAGCAGGGCUGCUUCAGUGCACAAGGGGGCCUGUGGGGAGUUGGAAGGAAAGCCUGAUCCUGGCAGGGCACGGGAGGGGCUGCUCCUGCCACUCUGGGUAAACCUUGUCCCUCGGAACAGAGCGGGACAGGCUUGGGACUCUGGUGCCCCCAGCUUGGGCCUGCAGAGAGCCCCAGCACCCCAAAGGGAACUCUGCCAGCCGCUCUUCUCAGGACACAAGCCUCUGUAACUGUGACUCACUGAGCUCCAAGAGUGGCUCCACCCUGUCACCUUUGCCCUGUCCAGGCCACUCCAUCCUGUCCCCCUUCCUUCUAUUAACCCACAUGCCCACUGGAACCCUCCCCCAUGCCCAUAACUGAGGGGCUACCCUGCCAGAGGGCCUGCGGCUCAGAUGCUGAUGGCAAAGGCACAAGAGGCUCUCCAGCUUCCCUCAUCCUGAGCCAUCCCGUCUCCAGGACCUCAUGACCUCCCUUCCAGUUUUCUGGGACAGUUGUUCCCUCGUUCCCAAGCACCACGCCUUCUGAUGCCAGCCUGGCUUCCUGCCUCUGCUGAGAAGCCCCUCAAGGCUAGGAAGUCAUUCUUGCUCCUGUGGGAGCCUUGCGACUCCGUACCUGGUGCUAAGUCCUGGGGUGGCAGCUCCUCUGGGCUCUGGGGCCCUGCAGACCCUCUGCUGGUCGGGGGAGAAGCUGCUGAGCUCAGAGGGCAGCAAGGCCUGAGCAGCUGGCAGAACAGAGAUGCCCAAGAGAAGAGAGGUGACACCAGCAGAGAGGGGCUACCUGUGUAGACCAGACUGAUGCCUGGAAGCCUAGGGGCCUGGAUGGCUGAGGGAUGGGGCGAGGUCCAGGCAGAUGCAGCCCCAAAGAGCCUGAGAGUGUACACCCAGGGCUCUGAGGCUGCAGCAAUAACCUGGCCCUCGGAGACCACUUCCGUCUCGGGGCUGAGGCAGCAUUGCAGCCCCUGCAGCUUGCAGCCAGCUAAGGGCGAGCCUGUACAUUAUUUAACUUUUAGUAAAGUAAACAAGGAAUGUAUUAGAAGUUUCUUGCUUGUCCACAUGUCACCCGGAUGGGCUGGGCAGGCAGGCGGAGGCGGAGGCGGGAGGAGGCAGGUCCAG